AUGGGACACACAAAUAAAUACAAACAUGCUCCAACACACCCAGCCAGAGUCAACAAUGAAGAAACAACAGGUUUAUUUUUCUCUGCCUUUCAGUCCAGAGAGGUGUGUUCUGACUUGGCUCUGAGUCUGGAAUCAAGGCAGGUACAAACGUCACACACCCUUCAGAUGAGGUUUGGACAGAAUAAACAAAAACACUCCCUUGAGUUUCGUUUUAAAAGCAAAUACCCAUUGAUUUAGGCUGCUGGUGUUUUGUUCAAACAUGUUCUGCAUCGAGAUCACUCACUCCAGUUUUUAUGUUGAGGUGUGGCUCAUAAAAUGUUGAAAAGGAACAAUUAUGUGCAUGGACAUGUUUUUGCCUUCCAUUCUUAACAGUAGAUCCCUCUCCAAAACAAACUGUGUAAAAUUCAGCGCAAGACAAACUCUUUGGUUCUUUAAGAAACUGUAAACUUUGGACUCAUGUUUACACAGAUAACAGAAGGUGACUUUGGUAUUUUCUCCUACCAGGGAUCCUGAAAUAGGGCACAAUUAUGUGUGACUUUUGAAACUUCAACUCUAUCCCUCGUCAUAAAACUCAUGAUAUCUUUUAUAUCUUUAUAGAUAUUGUUUCAGAACUGAAAUACACGUAUGUAUUUUAUCCUCCAUCCCUUUCCUCCUUAUAUAAGUCCUGAGACUGGCUCUUCCUGACUCCUGUCAAGCUCAACUUACUGAUGGUUUAUUCUUCAAAAGCACUUAAAAACUUAGACAGCGAUGGUAUUUUUCAAGACCUUAAAAUACCUUUUUACUGUCCUUUCCAGUACUUAAAAUCCUAUGCUCUGGAGCGAUAUCAGGAUUCUUCUCAAGUCUGGUGUGUUUGACAGCUUUUACAGCCGGCGUGGCUUGAGGUACAACGUUUUUUUUAGAUAUUGAAUGAAACUUGGCGAUCAGCUCUGAACACGUUGAGCCCCGCCUUGGUCUUUCAAAUAGAAAGGAAGAGAGUUAGAGUUAGUCAGAGCGGACAAACUGUCAGUGCCUGCCGGACUUCAUAGGAUUGAAUUUGGAGGGAAACAAGAAUUUAAGGAAGACAAGCGACAGGGGCUGUUUUCUCUCAGCUUUUGGUCAAGGUGAGAGUUCUGGUAAAUACGAAGACUAUGCUGUUUAGGGUUGCAAACAAUAAGGUCUUUUAGGCUCCGUCCUCCGCUUGGACUUUUUUCCCGCUGUCAAGCCAUCUUUGUGAAGAUCAUGAAGAUGGCGGUGUCUGAUUAACAGAGUCACUUACCGUCACUUAAUUUCAAUAACUUUGACGGUCAUUUAUGAAACCCUCCUGUCUAGUUUUAUCACAGACUGUAUAUAGAUAUGGUAUAUACAGUCUGAGUUUAAUUUGUUGAAUUAUAUUAAGUCAUCUAUCAUGUUACAUGUCACUAGGACUUCAAAAAGCAAACAUCAUAAACCUGUUUGUCACUUUUAGACGGUAAAACAACGACGGAUUCCUUAUCAAGUUAUGGAACCAGUAAGGACGUGAAGUCAAAAUACCAGGUAAGUCACCUCAUCUGAAUUAAAACUCCCACCGAGCGAUUUACUGACAAAUAUGAAGAGUUUGGUAGUUAAUAACCAGAGAAUCAAGAUUAGACCAUGUCUCCCUCAACGGCAUUCAUGUAGUUAAAUCACACCUCUGGCAACAUGCAUUUCAUUGUGCUGACUGUAAAGAUGACAAAUGAACUGAAAUUGGAAAGAUUGAUAAAAAAAAAAAAGACUGAAAAAAACUUUGUUGCACUGUGCCUGUGCUUGUGCAUGAGCAACUGUACUGAACUUCACAACCACAAAUAUACCUAAAGAGUUGAAGGAAGCCAUAUUUUGUCAGAAUUUUAUUCAUGGUCCAAUUCUCCAAGAGCUACUAGGCUUGCUUAGGGCUCUUGAAGAUGUCUCGCCGUUCUUCUUCAGUUUGAAAGUGACUGGGGCCAAAGUUGGACAUAUAUAGCCUCUGUUGAUCAUCAAGCUGUAAAAGGGGUGGGUGGUCACCUGAGAGUCCUAAGCAUGGUCGUUGACCUCGUUUUACCCUGGGGGCGCCCUUCUGGGUCUCUUCAGGUUUGCCAUGUUUGCAUGAUGUUGGAGCCUGUGAUCAAAAGCGCUGUUUUGAUUGUGGUCAAAGGAAUUCAUAAAUUUCGAACUUUGGCCCCAAAGGAGCCUUUUGGAAGAGAACCUCAAGCAAAUCCAGUUGCUCUGUCAAUGAAGAAUUUGAUAAACAUGACCUGGAUGAAUGAGAACCUACACAAACAUUUUAAUUAUGAUGAAACUUGUGCCAUUUCUGUUUUCCCUUCAGCCACAGCUGACAAGCUCGACGAGUCACCUGAGGACUGGACUGAAUCUCAAGUCAGCUCAUGGUUGGAAUCGAUUGGAGUAAAGAAGCAGUACAUAGAUAAACUUAUAGAAGAGGAAGUAAAUGGACGAGUCCUUCUGAUGUUGGAUGAAGAGUUUUUAAAGACAAAGAUUUGCAUGAAAUCAGGGCCUGCUCAUUUGAUAAUUCAAAAGAGAGAUGAGCUCAUUAAAUCAAACCAAAAGACUCAAGACAAUAAAAAAAGCACCAAUGCCAAAAAACCUGAGCUGGAACAGAAAACAGGUGAAAGAGUACCAACAACAAUUGAAGGCCCUCCAGUGCAAGCUCAUGAGAGAGAAGAGGAUGGCUCACAAGAGAGACAAUCUGUAACCUCAAGGGAAGACUGCAGACCAAGACCUUUUGAUCAAGAGGGUGUUGAUUUCAUAUAUGUAAAGCACCGAGUCCUGCAGCCAGAAUCUGGUGCUUUUAAUCUAAUAUCUCCGUGCCAUGAAUUCAAGUCAUUUGCUGCAGCUGCUUCAUUGGAUCGCACAAGACUCCAAGCUAAGUUUGCAAAGGAGGUCCUUAAAUUUGCAGUUGGCUGUAUAAAUAUGAGAACAAAUGGCACUAUACACUUUGGUGUCAUGGACAGCAGGGAAGAUGCAGGGUAUGUGCACGGUGAGAUCAUCGGUAUUCCUGUGAAAGAAAGGGACAUUUUUGUAGAUGCUUUGGACUACAUUGAAAGAUGUGUCUCCUCUGACAAGGAGCAUGUACGCCAGUGUGUGCGUCCACCCAGGUUUAUUGAAGUGAUGGAUAGGAACAGUACAGAAAAGAGGUUUGUGGUAGAGGUUGAUGUCGUACCAUCAAUAAGCAUUGUCAAGGGCAAGGUGUAUGUCGUUCGUCUGCCAAACUUCAAAGAGUCAACCAACAAAGUGGAGUUUGAAAAAGAAACAAUUCUGCGGAGGGUUGGUUCAAAAACUGAGCCUGUGAAUGAGAAAGACCUUAGUGACUUCUACCAGAGAGUCGGAGAUCGAGAUGCACUUAGAGAAGAAGAAGAGAAAAAAAAGGCCUUCUCUGCUCCAGAAAUGUGCCAAGACCUAGGAAGGAAGCUAACGAUGCUGAUGACUAGUGGGAAGAAAUUCAUUGAAAAAGAUAAGUGGUUCAUACUAGUCACAAACAAAUUUCAACCCGGUGAUCUUCGCAACAUAAACUGGCUGCUCAACUUGAACAUAUUCUGUGUUUUUGACUUUGACCCAGACUCAAAGAUAUCAGGUCUUUGCAGUGAGUACCUUCAGCACCAUGCUGCAAACAUGCAUUCUUUGCAGAGUUACAGGAUAUCUGGUGACAUGAGCAUUAAAGAUGUCACAAACCAACUGCAUCUGUUUGAGCAAACCAGCUGGAUUUUUUGUAAUGGCCAAACUGAUUUCAAGGGAAAUGAAACUUGGUGUGAUGAAAUGACUUGGAUCAAAACAAAAGUGACUCUCUUGAGGGAGUGUGUCUCUUUGAUAUGUAAGCAGAUCUUGCCAAAAGGAACCUUCCAGGUCAUUUUUCUUCUAACGUCCCCAGUUGAGAAACCACUCUUGCACACCUUCAAUGAGUUUUUCACUGACAUGGAAGGCCACGAAGAUAUCAUCUGCAUCUGUGAGUCCCAAGAAAACUUUCAGAAGUGGCAAAGCUUUGCAGAGGGGUCAUGUGGAACAGAAGCUGUGAACAAUUCCAGUGUUGUUGGGAUGAAAAUGAGUCACAUCAAUUCAACUCUGCUGCAAGUGCAACCUUUUAAGGCAUGCAUUCGCAAACACUUGCCAGUCUUUUUGAAAGGAACGUGUCUUCUUGAAACACAUGAAGAGGAACAGAUGUAUUCUCUGGAAAUUCUGACCGUUAAUCAUUGUGAUGAAACGAAUACAGACUUCAUCGAUGAGGAGAAAGUAAACAUCGAGCAGCAGUUCUACCGGGGUGGGAAAGUGAACUGGUUGAAUUUCUGGCUUGCUGAGCACAAGUAUGUUGGAGAGGUCAUUAAAAGAGAUGCCUAUCAUGCGGUUUCCAGACUCCUCCUUGAUGCUUUGAAACGGAACGCAGAUGAAACUCCAGUCAACAGUAUAAACAUUUUCCAUCAUCCAGGAAGUGGUGGAAGCACAGUGGCAAGACAAGUUCUGUGGAAUAACAGAAAAGAUAUGAGGUGUGCAGUUGUGAAGCCCUCAUACUCCGCUUCCAUUGUUGCACAACAUGCUGUUGAACUUCGGGAGUAUGAAGAAAAAGAUCCAGAGAAGUGUCUUACUGUGUUGCUUCUCAUUGAAGACUCAGACAAAGAAUAUCUUGACGAUCUCAGAAACGAACUAGAGGUAGCUGUUAACACCAAGAAAAUUCAGUAUGUAACUGCUUGCUUCAUUUUGUUGAGCUGUAGGCGAUCUUAUGAUCCAGAGAAGAAAUGCAAGGAAUCUCCUCUACAGAAUGUGUCUGUCACUCACAAACUGUCUGACCAAGAGAGACGGAUGUUUUCAGGAAAACGAGAGGCACUUGAAAAAUGGCAUGAACCUGAAUUCAUCCUUACUUUCGUUCUGAUGAGUGAGGGAUUCAGGAAGAAAUAUAUUUGGCAGUUUGUGAGAAAUUUGCUACAACGUAUUGACCACCAGUCAGUUGUCACUCGCCUCAUCCUCUAUGUCGCUCUGUUAAACACUUAUGUUCAAAACUCGUUCAUCUCCCAGUCUCAUUGUGAAGCCUUGCUUGCUCUUACUAUUCGCUUUGAAAGGUUUCACCAACAUGAGUUUAAGAAAUCACUCAGCCCCCAGGCUAAACUUGCCUUCCUACACCUCCGGGAUGAAAAAACCCACAUUGAAUCAAUCAGAAUCAUUCACCCACGUGUUGCAAAAGAAAUUCUACGGCAACUUUUGAGAGGGCAGACCCAGAGCAGUUUGGCCACGCAGCUGCUCUUUGAGAAUGUCCUUUUUGAACACAGAUUUGGACGGGAAGAAUAUUUGUCCUUUCUUAGAGCGUUUUUUAUAAGGCGAUCACGAGUCAGCAAAGGGGAUUUAUAUGACAGUUUUUUCUCUCCUCUGAUUGAGCAUGUCCGUGAAAAAGAAAGCUCAGAUAAAGCAAUUGAAUUGCUGAAGGAGGCUUUCCAGUGUUUUCACAAAGACCCAUUCUUUGCACAACAACUUGCUCGUCUUCACUACACUUACGAAAAGUUUGAGGCGGCAAAACACUGGGCUGAGACAGCAGCUCAACAGCAGCCAAACAACUCCUAUAUACUGGACACGAAAGGGCAAGUGUACAGGAAAUGGUUUCAAGCAAAAUGCAAAGCCAUGGACAAUGACAAUGUACGAAAGACACCCCAAAAUACAGCAGAUGCAUUGGGAACAGCACUGAAAGCCCUUGAAUGUUUUCAAGAGUCUGAGAAAGCAGCUGAAGCAGACAUGGAAAAUGUGAACAAUUCAGGGUUUUUUGCUGAGGUUGAAGUUGGAUGCAGUCUUCUCAAACUGAUCUCUUCAAUGAGUGUGUUUGCACACGGAACCACCGGCCACUCAGAGUGUAUGAAGUACUUGUUGACGGAUUACAUUCCAGAGGAAGUUAAGGAUGCCUGGGAACCGUUUCACGGGCGUUUGAAAAAGCUUCACAAAACAAUGCAAGAUGCUCUGGAGUGGAUUUCAGAAGACCUCAGCUACUUUCAGACAGACAUCAGUGCGGAUGAGGAGGAAACCCCUGAAAGCCCGGAAGAGAAAAUCAGCCACCCACUGACAUGGUUGGCAAAAAAAUCCUCAGAGUAUGGGAAGUUCUUCUGUGAAGCUUACUCUUUUGCACUUCAGGGGCAGUCUAUCCCAGGCAAUCUUACUCCUUUUCAAAAACGCAUGAUCAUCUACCGUCUUGGGGGGGGUAACGUAACAUCCAUCCUCUCUAAGCUAACUGACCAGAAGGAUGCAGUAACCCUUCUGGAGAAAAUUCUCUCUUUGUACCCCAGAAAUCCACUGCAGGCCAAAUUUGGUCAGAGGGAUAUUGUCAACUACAUCAUGGCCCACAUUUCACUGAACUGCCUGUCACCAGGGACUCAGACUUCAGUCCCUCUGACAACUCUACAGGCACUUUGUCGUCAGUUUCCAUCUGACAAGAGGAAAUGUUUACCAAGUGCUCUGUUCCUGCAGACUUUGCUGUUCUGGCCAGAGGAUCAUGACACAGGUAAUGAGAGAGAAAACAAAUAUGAAAUGGUUCAGUCAGCAGUGGAACACUUGGAAAAAGGCUACUGGACCAAGAUGAAGGACAUUCCUCAGAGGAAGAGAAGGCUCUACACCCAUUUUUUUCUAGGUAGUGGGAAAGGAUUGGAUAAAUUUGUCCACAAGAAAAAGUUUGAGAAGGUCACAAAUAUUUUUUCAGUGUCUGAGAAACGCAUGAAAUGGUUCAGGGGUGAGGCAUGGAAAAAGCCUGAGAUUGCCAUGAUGUUGAAACGUGUAUCUGGAUGGACGGAAGAUGGAGUGGUGUACCUUGAUGGCCCCAAGAAGAAAAAGUUCAACAUCCUCCCUCUUCACGUACCUUCGGUACCUCAUAGUAAUGAGAACAUCACAUUCUACCUGGGCUUUACAUUCAGAGGUCCUGUUGCGUGCAACAUCAUUGUGAACAAGUAG